CAAAUAGCACUAGACCCUACUCGUAGUGUUGUGUUCCUGCCGUGGUAUACGCCUUACGGACUCCGAUAUUCUGCUAAAUUGAGUGAUUUGCUUGCCCCCGGAUUUUGAUUAUUGCCUAACACAACGACCUGCGCUUGACCAACGGACUUGAGCAUUUCGGACGAAUGGAUUUCGUUUACUUUGUGGCCUUUUUAAAUUUGAUAUAUAUAUAUUAAGUGCGGUUACGAACAUUAUGCCUCCUUUGAAAUGUCAAUAUCAUGAUUGUGACAAUACAAACAAUACCAAGUCCAUGUUUUCCUUCCCUGUCAAUGAUGAACCUCGGUUAAAAUUAUGGAUACAACAUUCUGGUAACAUAAAUCUGACGUCUUUGACACACCAAGAAUUGAAGAGACGUUACAUUUGUGAGGAUCACUUCAAAACUGAAGAUGUAUCGAAUAAUAACUUUAGGUCCAGACUUCUACCUGCAGCUGUGCCUCUAAAGUGUAAAGCAGCCACACCAACACGUCUUGUCGAGUCUCCAGAGGUUUUAAAAAUUAAAACUCCACAAAAAUGUUACCAUCGGAAACGAAUUGACUUGCCUCCUCAACCACAAGAAAACUCCUCACCAUGCUCGUCAAUGUUAGAUGCUCCAGUGAACACCAAACAAAUUCAUAAACGUCGAAGGGUUCCAUCUGAAGGCGAAGACGAUCAGCCUGAAGUGAAGCGAUUGAAGAAGCUUGCAGUAGAAUUAAAAGCCAAGAACAGGAAGCAACAGUCACAGAUACGUCGUUUGAGUUUAAAAGCUAACAAAAAAAGAGAAUAA